ACAAGUCCCGAGGAGCCCGGUAGACUGUAGUGGCGCCUUAUGACGAUGCUUUGCGCAUUUUGAAAUAAAGUCUGCACAUCACCAGCUCUUUCUGGGUGUGGCGGAGCGAUAAAAGUGCAUUAGCCCUUCUCACACAGGGGAGUGUUCUGUUUAGCUGGCUAGCGUGCUAACAUUAGCUAAGAGGAACAGCCUGGCUGGCCCCUUACAAACCUGGAUACGAUGUCGCUGGUGGACUUGGGGAAGAGGCUGCUGGAGGCAGCUCGGAAAGGUCAGGAUGAUGAAGUCCGAAACCUGAUGGCUAAUGGAGCACCAUUCACCACCGACUGGUUGGGGACGUCCCCUCUCCACCUGGCGGCCCAGCACGGCCAUUACUCUACGGCAGACGUCUUGCUGAGGGCUGGCGUCAGCAGGGACGCCCGCACCAAAGUGGACAGGACCCCACUACAUAUGGCUGCCGCCGAGGGUCACACAGUCAUCGUAGAGCUGCUUGUCAGGAGCGGAGCAGAUAUUAACGCCAAAGACAUGCUGAAGAUGACGGCUCUUCACUGGGCAGCACAGCACGGACAUCACAGCGUGGCAGAGACCCUCAUCAAACAUGGGGCAGAUGUGCACGCGCUCAGUAAAUUUGACAAGACACCGUUUGACAUUGCAGUCGACAUCCAGAACACAGAGCUGGUGCUGCUGCUGCAGGAGGGGAUGCAGAACCAGGUCAACAUGAACCAGGUGACUAUGAACCAAGUGAGCAUGAACGUGGAAACAAGCAGCACCACCAACCAGCCACAGUUUAUCAUCCAAGGGAUACCUGCCAUCCAGGGAGGGGUGGUAAAUUUGGCUGAGCUCCUCAACAAAGCCAGUGCAGGAGAUUCAGAGGAAGCGAUGGCGGCCAGCGCUCUGGAUUCUAACAUUCAGCACGCUGCUGUCGUCAACGAGGGGGGGCAGAGAGUCAUCACCAUAGUAACGGACCAGCAUGGCAACCUGCAGACCACCGGAGGGAUGGCACAGCCGUUCUUUGUCACAAUGCAGCACGGACAGCAGAUGCUGGCAGUGCCCGCCAACACGGUAACGGAGGAGGUGGUGACAGAGGAACCUCAGCCUCCCCCCUCUAGGAAGAGGAAGCUGGAGGUAACCAACAACCACAGUGAAACAGGAGAAACGGAGCUGUUGCAGAGACAACUACAGGAAGCCAACAGGAAGGCUCAGGAGUACCGACAGCAGCUGCUGCGCAAGGAGCAGGAAGCCGAGGAGUACCGCAUCAAGCUGGAGGCCAUGGCCCAAAGUCAGGCCAUCAGCACCAACGCCAACAGCGCCGGCAGCACUGCCGCCAACGCUGCCAGUCCUGACGAGGUGGUGGGAGGGGAAGAUGAAGAGGAGGGGGCUGCCGGUGUGGUGGAAGAAGAGGGAGAGAUGGUGGUGCUGCAGGAGGGGGGCAUCAUCAUGGAGGGAGAAGAGGGGCAGGUGACACUGGUGGAGACGGGGGGAGAUGCGACACAGGUCAGCUCGUAACAGAACGAGCAGGACGAGGAGAAGGGUGAGGAGGGGGAGACACACCAAUGACACACUCAUAGCAGGAAAUGGUUGAUUAGACUCAUACAUUUGACUUGAGACAGGGGUUGGAGCUGACUCAUGGCACCGUUUUGAAUCCCCCUCAAAUGUUUGAUACCAACUAUUAGGAGAAGAGAGACAAAAUGGCUUCUCUAAAAAGAUUAAUGAUGGACUGGUAGAGGACUAAUGAAAGUACAGUUCUGUGCGAUUUUGAGUCCCUGUAUGAUUUGCUAUGAACAGAUCAGGAGGAUAUGGAAGGAAUGAAGGAUGGAGAACUUCAAUCAUUCACAGUUUUGAGUUUCUGCUUGUUUCUUAUUCCUAAAUCCCUCAUCAAGUGGGAUUGCAGCAAAAUGGAAACUGUUUCCAAGUAGAAAGGAAAAGAUGAGUGAACUUAGGAGAAGAUGGAGCCUUUACUCAAAGUAAUCUUAAACAACCGUGUUGGGAAAAAGGCUUCACGGUCUAAGCAGCCAUUUUUAUUCCUUGAAUGUUGUUUAUACCCAGAACUUUGCUUCCUGAUUGAAUUAGAAUGAGAGGUUAUAAAGUAAAGACCAUAAUACUGAGGACGGGUGCUUCACGUAGAGUAAAUGAUAUACAGCUGGAGUUUAGGUUUUAGUUUAUCCUUAAUAACAAUGUUCCCUCUUUAUAUUUUGGAUGUCAUUGUUUGUCCCUGUGUUAUCUGUUUGAGCCCUUUUGGAUUAAAUGAUAUUCACUUUU